AUGUUGCUAGUAGUAGUUCUCGCAAUUUUCGUCACAUUUUCGAAUGUGUUUCAAAUUUCUAGCGAAUGCGAACAAAUUGGAGUUUAUGUUUGUGGAGUGGUGAGUUGUUUUGGCGCGAAAAAUUUAAAAUUCAAAAAUUUUUCUUCUCCCAGAAAUUCUACAACAUUGGCUGGGCCCUGAACAUUGAUGUUUAUUCGCGCGACAAAAUCGCUGAAAUCUGCGAGUUGAACGCGAUUUGCGGCGCGACAAUGCGUGAAUGUUUCGGUGGGAAAUAUCAACAAAACUUGGAGAAAAUCAAUGAGGGAUGCCAGAUUUUUGCACCAUUUUUAGCUCCAAAUUUCGCAAAUUGCACGAAUUUCCUGUUGGCAAAUACAAAAUUUUAUGAUUCGGCAGAGAAAAUUGAGAUUAUUGAUUGUUUUCAGCGGGAUUUUGGGCGCUUUUGUGGGUCCGAAGAUAUUUUUGGGCAACUUUAUGAAAAUAUAACUUAUUUUGCGGAGAAAUUUUGGUAAUAAAUUAAAUUAUUUUUUAAAUCAUUGCUCAUGUUUCAACGUUUUUCAAAAAAAAAACAAAAAAAGUGUUUAGAAAAAAAUAAAAAUUCAGAGAUCCUGAACGACACUCCGCUUGCCCGCUGUUUAGCGCAACACGAGAAUAUUUUCAUUUUUCGUUUUUUUUCGCUGGGUUUUCAGGUUUCCGGGAAAAAUCAGUGGAUUUAAGUGAAAAAUUGAAUUUUUAGAUGUUCUACAAGGCUGGAAUUAUCGAUUUCAACGGAAAAUUCGAGGAUUAUCGAAGAAAGGUGGGUUUUUUCUAGAGAAACACUGUUUUGAUUGAAAUUUUUGUGUUUUCAGGGUCAAUUUUUUCGAAAUUUCGAUGA